GAGCACAGCGCAGCGCCGCACCAAGUCGAGUCGGAGCUGGCCUGGCGCCGCGCGCAGAGAGUGUGCAGACGUCCGCGGAGCUCGGCUUCUCCCUUAGCCUCGAGGACUGAAACUUCCGUGGGAGGCUCCUAUCGGCGCUCACCUCCUGAGGGCGCACCAGCGAGGGGGAGAGGGAAAGCCGGACGGAGGCUGCCUGGCGCCUGGGGAAUCGCGCUACAAUCGAGGAGCCAGGACCAGCAGUUCGCUUGGACCCGCGCCCAGCAGCAGCAGCCGCGGCGGCCGCCAGCCGGACAGACCCUCGGGGCUGUAGCGGGAGGUACGCCGGGCCCUCUCCGGUGUCCUGGACGCUCCCGGGGCGGCAUGCGUUGGGAGGAUUGACCGGUAAGGGGAGCGUGGGAGCCGCAACGCCGAGGACUGCCCGGGCUGCGUGGCCGAAGCCAUGUGGACGGAGUUCGGAGCUGAGGAGACUGAGCGCUGCCGGCCGCUGCACUUGCUGCUUGGAACCCUGCGCGCGCUGCCCGCUUUCUUUGCGGUUUCUGGCUGCCCGCGAAAUGAAUAAAGAAGGGGAGAUGCACCCCACUCGCGUACGGGACUCCCACGCUUAAACCCCGGGGCAGUGACCUGGCUUCAGAUCUGCAGCGGAGUGCCCAGCAGUCAUCGGCUCCAGUGAGCGUCCCCUCGGGGAUGCACGGGGAGGGUCUGGUUGCGGGUGAAGCCUCCAGGGAUUGAGGGACAGCAGCCCCGGACGCCCUCUGAUUCUGCACCUCGAGAAUUCCCAAACAGCUAGUGCCAUUGGGACGGCAAGUCCUGGAAGGGACCUGGUCUCCCAGCUUUCGAAGGGAAUGACUUAGGAGCCCUAGCCUUAUAGCCUGGCGUCGACGGCUCCCGAGGUCGCGGCAGAGGGGAGUGGCUUUUGUGGAAAACGCCGCCGAAGCGAUAGUCAGCGAAGAGUCCCGGUAUUCACAGGGCACAAUUCUCCGAGAAUACUCUGUGUUCUCCGGAGGCUCUUCGCCUGCGCCCAGGGUGGUGCCAUGUGGGGCGGACGCCGCUCAUCCGCCGCCUCCUCCCUGAACACCGCUUCGCUCUUGCAGCUGCUGCUGGCUGCGCUGCUGGCGGCGGGGGCGCGGGCCAGCGGCGAGUACUGCCACGGCUGGCUGGACGCGCAGGGCGUCUGGCGGAUAGGCUUCCAGUGCCCCGAGCGUUUCGACGCCGGCGAUGCCACCAUCUGCUGCGGCAGCUGCGCGUUGCGCUACUGCUGUUCUAGCGCCGAGGCGCGUCUGGACCAGGGCGGCUGUGACAACGACCGCCAGCAGGGCGCGGGUGAGCCUGGUCGGGCGGACAAAGACAGCCCCGAUGGCUCGGCAGUGCCCAUCUAUGUGCCAUUCCUGAUCGUUGGCUCUGUGUUUGUGGCCUUUAUCAUCUUGGGGUCCUUUGUGGCAGCCUGUUGCUGCAGAUGUCUCCGGCCGAAGCAGGAGCCCCAGCAGAGCAGAGCCCCGGGGGCCAACCGCUUGAUGGAGACUAUCCCCAUGAUUCCCAGCGCCAGCACUUCCCGGGGGUCAUCCUCCCGCCAGUCCAGCACAGCUGCCAGUUCCAGCUCCAGUGCCAACUCAGGGGCCCGGGCACCCCCAACAAGGUCACAGACCAACUGUUGCUUGCCUGAGGGGACUAUGAACAAUGUGUAUGUUAACAUGCCCACAAAUUUCUCCGUGCUGAACUGUCAGCAGGCAACCCAAAUUGUGCCACAUCAAGGGCAGUACCUACAUCCCCCAUAUGUGGGGUACACAGUGCAACAUGACUCUGUGCCCAUGACACCUGUGCCCCCUUUCAUGGAUAGCCUACAGCCUGGCUACAGGCAGAUUCAGUCCUCCUUCCCCCACACUAGCAGUGAACAGAAGAUGUACCCUGCGGUGACUGUAUAGCUCACAAGUCACCCACUGGAUUCCCUUAUAAGGCUGAGAAAAACUGGGAUGGAUUCUUCAGAUGGAAGCCUGUGCAUGUCAAUGGUAUUUAUGGCACAGUUGUUUUGUGUGGCUUCAUUUGCCCCCAAACUGUAGGAAACGUCUCUGAAUUAGCGUUUCUGGAUGUGUUUCAUCCCAGUGUAUGGAUGGAUUCAUGAUGGACAAAUAACAUCCACUGGAGCUGCCACCUGUGUUGUUGAUGUGACAAAUGCUUGAGCCCUUAAGUGCCCUUGAGGUGUGGUACCAGAAGAAUUUUGUACACUGAUGAAUUAAGGGAUUUAUUAUGUCAUCAUUAUUAUUUCUUUUUGUUGUUGGGUUUUAACUAUACAAGAAUAGAAUACUCACCUCCCUUUUACCUGGGCCAUUUUUUUUUUACAGGCAUCUAAGGUGAAGGGAAGACAUGAAUAACACAGUUAUUAUAAAAAGAAACCAGUUUGAACUCUAUGAGAUUAGUCAUCAAUCUCACUAUUCCAUAGGCACAUCUUAUUUCAUUGUAAAAAGAUAUAUAUAUUUUGUCUAUUUUUGUGCUUUUUUGCCCUGUUUUGUGCUUUUUUUUUUACCUUGUGUAGAGACCUUAUUACCAAAUGAUUUUCUACAUUAUAAAGAGACUGAAAGAAAUUGUGUAGUUCCUUAACAAAUGAGGACAUUUCAGAACUCUGGGAUUAUUUUAAUCUUGAAGUAGUGGGUGGUCUAGUAAUGAAACCAUUCAUCCCUUUCUUGAUGGUAUCUCAAUAUUCUGGCUUUACUGGGACGUCUGAGAAGUAAUUGGAUUUUUUAAAAUACUGAAAUCAUAAAACCAUCACCUACUACUUCUCUGGGUUGCUUUUAAUUUUGCCAUGCAUAUGGCUUGGCAUUUUGUUCUGCUUGAUUUUCAGAUCCCCUUGUCUAUGUAGCAGUGAGGGCAUAGUUAUAAAUGAAUAUCAGUAUUUCUACCUAGAUCUGAUAAAACAUUUUUUGUGUUUUAAUCAUAAAAAUUCAAAGGAAUGUUUUGUAUAGCUUCUCAGUUAUAACCUGAGACAUGGAGUGAAAUUUAAACCUCAGACAUGGCAUUACUUUGCAAAUCAUAAGGCUUUUAUACUCUUGUUAGCAAAAGUAGCAUAUUUUUCAAGGAAUAAGGACAAUUAAGUCAAGAGAAAAACUUUUCAAAGAGAUAUUGCCUUUGUUCCCCCACAGUUCAUAUUAUUCUUUUUCAGGCCUCAAUAAGCACUGUAUUCAUUGCCAAUGUUUUGAAUUACCAAAAUCAAAUGGAUUUAUUUGUGUAUUACUUACUUAUUAAAAGUUUUAAGUAUAUGCAAGUAAAUUUUCAACUGCUAGCAAAACAAAGAUUUGUAAUUAAACAAAUCAUUGUAAGAUAUGGUCUUUUACACAUUUAUGUCAGUGGCUACCUGUCAUCUAUUCUUCUAUCAUCUAUCUCAUGACUGAAUAAUGUUAAGCCAUUGUUGGCAACGGGUAUCAAUAAAGAUACUCAAUCAUAAUUUUUAAUAACCAAAGGCAGGGGAAAAACAUUACUUAUUAAUAAAUAUUUUAUGGUGUGAAUUUCUAA